AUGAUCUCAGGCGCGAACUCCGCAAUAAGCAGAGUUCGCAGGCUUAUUGGCCGGAAUUACCUCUACCCAGCUAGGACAACAUUCAUUAUUCAAACGAAAUGCAUUCUACCUUCAGCUAAUCGGGACCGUCUGCCGUUCGACCCCAAUGUCGACAUUCUGCCUCCCGAGCCUGGUCUCGAUUCCGAAAUAUCAGACCUCGUCCAACAGGUUCCUGGAUAUACUGUUCCCAUCGACGCGAAUAAGCCUCCGGAAGCAGUUCGAAAACAUCUUUUGCCGAUUCUUCGCCUGCUCGGGUGCGCAGACGAUAUUCCAAAGCCUAAAAAGGGAUCCACCAAUCUCGGUUACACAAACUUGAAGAAUCCUUUAAACAGAGCUCUUCGCCGUGAAAGUCUGAACGAUUUUACUCCUAACGCUUCGGAUGGCAUCUCACUCGAGGCACCCCCGGAAACUCGUGGUAUUUCUUGUGCUGGUCUGACGGUUCGAUAUAUCCUAUAUAAGAUAUGGCCGAAACGCGAGGAACUCUACCAACAAGGCUACCCUCUUCACCGAACCUUCUUUGCUCUAGGCGAUCGUGCUCUAAAGUACAUCGCUUCAAGAAAUGCCGACCCAGGAGAUAUCGCCUUAUGGGCACAUGUGGUCCUGGCUAGCAGCGGAGCCGAGGGUACAGCCAGACUGAACUGGCUUUGUCGAAAGCUGAGGUUCAGAGUCCCGUCAUUCGUUUUCAACCACACCUUAAGACAUCAAUCCGGUCAUACCGCCCACACCAUCAAAAGGCUUACCUUCCUAGUCGACAACUUCCUCACCCGAAACAUCGAAAUCGCGGAGCACAUGCAUAAACCUGAAUUGAAAAUCGAUGCCCUCACAAAACGUAUCAUGUUUCUUCGACUCUUUCGCCUCGCCAACUAUUAUGCACCCACCCAGUUACCCCAUGUGGCAAAGAUGUAUGCAAAACAUUGCAUCGACCCCCCGGCAGAGAUCACGAUGAAUGAUAUUAUAUUUUGCAAUCACAUUUUAUGGGCUAUAGGUGGCCCACCAAGGAUCCCUAGCCCGUAUUGGACAUCCCUUAGAUUCAUCAUCGACGCACAAAUCUUUCUCCUCAGGAAGAUGUUCCAAGCAAAUCCAGUGAUGCAUUUAGACCCCAAAGGCUUCAGAGGAAUAGUCAGAACCCGACUAGCCGCUCCCCGAUCCGUCGCAGAACGUGGAAUUAUUGCCCAUCAGGGCGAAAACUGGCCACCACGGAAAGAUAUCACCGAUGGAUACGACCAAACCCACACUCGAAUCGACUUUGAUCACGAAACACCUGUUACCGGGGAGGCAGGCAAAGUCUUAUCUGAAAUGCAACGGGCUGGGUACCCCUUACAAACAUGGGAAUACUCUGCAAUGGUCCUUUCCGGUCGUGACAUUGACGGAACGCCCACGGUUCCCCGUCGCACGUGGUUUAUAGCUGGUACUAGUACUGGAGAAGAAAAUCGGUUUACGCUUUUGCAAGCACGCAUCCGAGCUACUAGGACGCUCAACGAAGCAUGGCACAUAUUCUUCCAAUUCAUCAAUCAAAUCAUAACAACCUCGCAGGAAAGAGCUGGCGUCGUUCACGUGUACCAGGAUAUGUUCGAAAGGAUCGUACAGGCGCGGAAACAGGAAGCUUUAGAUAAACACUUAUCACCAGUCGAGGAAGCACCUGCCGUUGUCCCUGUGAGAACCGGGAUUAAACGAUUUAUCCCCCCGAGCGAGGAACUCGAUGUCAUCUACGCACCUCCUAAGCCCAAGAAGGAUCCUACAGAGCAUUACCUCAGACAAUCGGACACAACAAUCCGUGGACCAACUCUAAUCCGACGAGGCCCAAAUCUUGAAGACAGAGCAACCGUCAGCAUCGGCGAUUCCAAGAACAUCAUCCCACCACCUUCAGACCCCUCCCGCGGCGCAUUCGUCCCAACCCCGGCACCCACAGUCAGUGAACUAUGGACCCUAAUGCUUCGCAAAGGCAUAAAACCCAGCCUAAGUCUCACCAAACUCCUAGUUUCCAAUGCAACCACCGCAAAUGAAGCCCACAUAUACCUCGAAGAAUGGUAUAGCCACCCACGACGCCGUCAAACCUUCAAGACCGAAAGGGGCAAAGUUGAAUUCCGAUGGUGGCAAGUCUUCCAUCGUAAGGAGCUCGAAAAACUCAGAAUCCGCCAGUUUGGGGUGCAGCAUGCGGAUAUCAAGGAAGAAAAGGAUGCAAGUUUCAUAGAUGCCUCUUCAGCAACUGUUGAUUUGGCAAUAUCUUAUAUCCACUGUCUGACUUCGACCACCUUUGCACCUCGCAAAAAUCGUACUUUCCUAAAUCAUUGGAACUUCGCAAGCGGGCUUUUAUUCCUUCGGGUUCCACAGGCUAUAAUCAUCGCAUCGGGCUUUGGAAUAACCUCCCUAACCGCCUGGACUAGUAUUCUCAAAGCUUUGAAUUAUACCCACCAUCACCGUGGGCUCUUUCAAUCUGAAUUAUCGAAAUAUGCUACCAGUCGUCUCGCAUCCGCCCGCUUUGGGGAAGGAAACCCACGGAGAAAGAUGAAAUACCGAGAUGUCAAUGUCUGUACUAGGAAGAUAUGGGAGUAUAUAAGGUCACACUGGGGUUUCCCCCUCGAAGCCAACAUUGUUUACGAAUUCACGAUCGCGGCAGAAAGAGGGUGGGAGUACGAACAGCAACUUAAGACCUAUACUAACGACCAAACACAUUUCCACGAAAGACUACCAUUCCGAACCGAAGAUGUUGUUGAAAUCUUUGAAUCGGUGAUAGGAAUCCGACAAGUUACCCAGAAGAGUUUUAAAAACCCAGGGAAUAGGGCUUCUUGGAGAAGUAUUGCUGCUGCUGCUGCUGCUGCUGUCAGGCCUAGCGAUGGUGAUAACGAUAGUGGGGGUUUUGGGGAUUUAAAGACGGAUGAAGAUACGAUAUUUGAUAAAUUGGUCGAUAUAUCAUCUCCGUUGGAAGCUGAGAAAUCACGAUUACCACCGCAGGUUAUACCCCGUACGGCACAUUUACACGCAUACAUGAGAUUACUACUCCGAACGGGUCACGCGGAAUACGAACCCAUCAUAAGGCUUUUGAAAUGGAUGGGACGGUAUAGUGAUUUUCUGGAAAUUAAAAAUAGAAGAUUGACGAUAAUUGCUAUGAAGGCAAUGUGGGAUUUUAAUAAAGGAUUGGAAGGGAUUGAAGAUCCGGCGGAGAGAUUGAGGGUUUGGGAAGCUAGGAAGGCGAGGUUUGAGGAGGCGAAGAAGUUGUUUUUGGAACGGUUGAAAGGGUGGGGCGCUUGGCCUAGUGAUAUGGAGGUUGCGGCUUACAAUGGGGAGAAUUGGAGGGAGUUGAGAGAUAAGGAUCCUGUGGAAAGGGUUGAGGAGGUGGAUGAUGAGGAGUGGGGUGAAGAAGGAAUCGAGGAGAGGUUGCAGGAGGCUGAGGCGGAGUAUGAUAAAUACUAA